GCCGGGGCUAGGUUUGAACCCGCCGCCUCCGGCAUAUGGGACCGGCGCCCUACUCCUUGAGCCACAAGCGCUGCCCUUCCAACUUUUUAAACAGGGGGCCAGUUCACUGUCCCUCAGACCGUUGGAAGGCCGGACUAUAGUUAAAAAAAAAAACAAAACUAUGAACAAAUUCCUAUGCACACUGCAUAUAUCUUAUUUUGAAGUAAAAAACAAAACGGGAACAAAUACAAUUCACACGGCUUCAUGUGAGGACGCCUGUUCUAGCCCGCCUAACUCCCACCCAGCAGAAGACUUAUCUUCUGGGUCGGCCUCAGGUCUCAACCUCAUCAUCUGCACCCCAUCUCACAAUGCCGCUUCCUAGCACGCACUGUGCCUCACCCCCGCAGGGAGAGGGCGCUCUUGCCCCUGUAGGCCGGGAAUGGGGCUGGAGACAAAGGGUUUUGGGCGGAAGCACCCGUACUCUGCAGGCCAAGCCUCACGUCGCCGCUGGAGUGAUUUCAGGGUACCCUAGGCGGGGGUAUCUAGGCGUCAGCGGCCGGACAAGCUCCUACCCCGCCUCAGGCCCUGCGGUGCCAUCUCCCGCCGCGGCCCUUCCCCUUCAGGAGCGGGGCAGGAGUCCUGGGCUCUGAUUGGGUGGCGCUGGGCCGCACGGCCGGACCAAUGGGCGCUGUCCGGGAGCUGCGGAGGGCGGGGGAGCGAGCGCUGCCUGGAGCCCCCGCGCCGGCGGUCUGAGCUCGGCGAUCCGGGCUCCGGCGAGGCGGCUGGGCGGGUUGCGCGCCACGGGAGCGAGCCUGGCCGCCCGCGGGUCCGCGGAGACUGUCGCCUGGAGCUCAGGUUCCCAAAAAAGGCUGCACAGACAACCCCCUGGACUGAGGCAAUGGAGGGGGGCCCUGCUGUCUGCUGCCAGGACCCUCGGGCAGAGCUGGUAGAACGGGUGGCAGCCAUCGAUGUGGCCCCCUUGGAAGAGGUGGAUGGUGGUGCAGAGCCUGCCAGGAAUGGUGUGGACCCUCCACCACGGGCUAGAGCUGCUUCUGUGAUCCCUGGCAGUGCUUCAAGACACCCCCUAGCCCGACCCAGCCUCUCAGCUAGGAAGUUCUCCCUGCAGGAGCGGCCAGCGGGAAGUUGCUUGGAGGCCCAGGCUGGGCCUUAUGCCACGGGGCCUGCCAGCCACAUCUCCCCACGGGCCUGGCGGAGGCCCACCAUAGAGUCCCACCACGUGGCCAUCUCGGAUGCAGAGGACUGUGUGCAGUUGAACCAGUACAAGCUGCAGAGUGAGAUUGGCAAGGGUGCCUAUGGCGUGGUGAGGCUGGCCUACAAUGAAAGUGAAGACAGACACUAUGCAAUGAAAGUUCUUUCCAAAAAGAAGUUACUGAAGCAGUAUGGCUUUCCACGUCGCCCUCCCCCAAGAGGGUCUCAGGCUGCCCAGGGAGGUCCAGCCAAGCAGCUGCUGCCCUUGGAGCAGGUAUACCAGGAAAUUGCCAUCCUGAAGAAGCUGGACCACAUUAAUGUGGUCAAACUGAUCGAGGUCCUGGACGACCCAGCUGAGGACAAUCUCUAUUUGGUGUUUGACCUCCUGAGAAAGGGGCCCGUCAUGGAAGUGCCCUGCGACAAGCCUUUCCCUGAGGAACAAGCUCGGCUCUACCUGCGGGACAUCAUCCUGGGCCUAGAGUAUUUACACUGCCAGAAGAUCGUCCACAGGGACAUCAAGCCAUCCAACCUGCUGCUGGGGGAUGAUGGGCACGUGAAGAUCGCCGACUUUGGUGUCAGCAACCAGUUUGAGGGGAACGAUGCUCAGCUGUCCAGCACGGCCGGAACCCCAGCAUUCAUGGCCCCUGAAGCUAUUUCUGAUUCUGGCCAGAGCUUCAGUGGGAAGGCCUUGGACGUGUGGGCCACUGGAGUCACACUGUACUGCUUUGUCUAUGGGAAGUGCCCGUUCAUUGAUGAUUACAUCCUGGCCCUGCACAGGAAGAUCAAGAAUGAACCAGUGGUCUUUCCUGAGGAGCCUGAGGUCAGCGCGGAGCUCAAGGACCUAAUCCUGAAGAUGCUAGACAAGAAUCCCGAAAUGAGAAUUGGGGUGCCAGACAUCAAGUUGCACCCCUGGGUGACCAAGCAUGGAGAGGAGCCCCUCCCCUCGGAGGAGGAGCACUGCAGCGUGGUGGAGGUGACCGAGGAGGAGGUGAAGAACUCCGUGAGGCUCAUUCCCAGCUGGACCACGGUGAUCCUGGUGAAGUCCAUGCUGCGAAAGCGUUCCUUUGGGAACCCGUUUGAGCCCCAAGCACGGAGGGAAGAGCGAUCCAUGUCUGCUCCAGGAAAUUUGAUGAAAGACGGGUAUGGUGAAGGGGGCAAGAGCCCAGAGCUCCCCGGUGUCCAAGAAGACGAGGCUGCAUCCUGAGCCCCUGCAUGCGCCCAGGGCCGGCAGCACACUCAUCCCGCACCUCCAGAGGCCCACUGCCCUCAUGCGACAGCUGCCCCUGUGGGCAGGGGGCUAGGGACCACGGCCCCUCUCCUGGCCACCUCCCUCUGUCGUGCUGCAUGACCUCCACGCACGCACGUCCAGGGACAGGAUUGGAAUGUAUGUCAUUUGGGGCUUGGGGGGCAGGGCUCCCACAAGGCCUUCCUUCUCUUCCUGGCUCUCUGUGGCCUGACCCAUUCUGUGGGGAAACCAGGUGCCUGUGGAGCCUCAGAAACCCUACCCAGCUGGUCAGCAAGGCUCAGACAGGAGGCAGGAGAUCAAGAUGCUUACUGCAACUGAAGAGACCUCCAGGGGUGCUGGGCAGGCCUGGCUUAGCCACCACACACACAUGGAGGGGGUUCCCCUGCCCGCUCUGGGGUAGGAGAUGGUGCCAGAGUGCUUGUCUACUGAGAAUGCUGGUAUGGAGGUUCUGACCCCUUGAUGUAUUCCUAGGCUGUACUGGGAGGGUCAGUAUUGGAGAAUUCAGAUAUCUUUUUUGUUAUAUUUUACUUUCGUUUUUAACCUGGGGGUGAGGGAAGAAACCCUGCUUUGGGAGAUCUCAUGAGCUUUCCUAUAGCUUUGGGUGGUUCCCAGGAUACCCCACCAUUAUUUGGCAGCCAAGUGGACUGGACUGACCUUCCUGGAUUGUUUCACAUUUGGCACCAUCUGGAAAAUGGGCUGAACUGAGAACUGAAUCAAGCUCUGACCAAAGGCCUGAGCCAGGGGUAUCACACCUUCCCUUCCCAACUCACUUUCCCUCUGCAUGGCUCCCCAGAGCCCAAGCUGCAGAAGAGAUACCAGAGGGGGAGUAUCAACCCAGCACCAUAGACUUCUAGGUCUGUGGCCUUGCACAUGCUGAUAUAACUGGAACCCACUCUCUGACCCUACACUGGCCUACCCUUCUGGACCCGGAAGCUGCACUCAACAUUCCAACAACGAAGGACAAAGAGCCCAGGUUGGAGGCAUUGCUUGACAUAGAACCCUGGAGGGAUGUGCACACGCAGGUGGCCUCUUUGCCAACUGCCUCACCCCAGGACAGUCAGCCUUCUCAAAGUGGGAGUGCUGGGGUGUAAUGCAUAGACUGGCUCUGCUGGAGCAGAAUUCUCUCUCUGAGAUCAGUGUCUGCCUAGCCAGCUUGGUGUUUGCCGACCACAUGCUCAUAGAGGUGGACCUCUCUAAAGGGGAGUAACAAGGACUCAGAUACCGCCUCUGGAAACGUGGGCUAGACAAGGGGUUUCAGCCACAUGUGUGGGUUUCCUGUUAUAGGAGGGCUUGUUUACAGGAGAGGGAAGCUGGGCUGAGGGAGGGCCCGCGUCCUGCUGCAUCUCUGCCUGUGGAUGUCUGCCACACCUCCACGCACACAUGCGUGUGCGUGCCCAUCCGCUGCACACAGCACACUUGCAUGUCUUGCACCAGUACAUGCAUCUGUAAUAUAGUUUCUAUGUCUAUUUAAGGCCAGGAGCAGAAUGUGGCCCGUUGUCAAUGGGUCCGCAUUUCUCCCUGGCUUCUCUGCACUAAAGCAGUGUGGCCCAGGGCUUUAAAAAUAAUUCCGUACAGUUUUUAAGAACACUUUUAUAGAGUUGAUGGAAGCCAAGUCGAAAGCCAAUCACUUUUCAACAAGUUUUUCUUGAGCAUCUCUGUGAGCACCUGGUUUUAGGGGCUACGUAGAUUAAAGCUCAGAGGUGGGCCCAGCUCCACCACCCACAUCAGAGCCCAGAUGGGACGAUGCUCACCCCAUCUUUGAGGGUUUUGGUUGGCAUCAGUGUUUUGAAUGUACUACAAGGGAUGAACAAGCUCCAUAAGAGUGUUUUAAAAAUUAACUUCCCAGGAAGUGAGCUAAAAUCAAUAAAAGCCCUUUCUUGAGUUUAAAAAGAAAAAA